AUGCAACUUGGUAUUACAGAAGAGGAGUGGAAGGAAUAUGAGGACGCAAUGGCACAAUUGCACAAAGACCAGCGAGCGAGUGCCGCCGACACAGCUUGUGAUUCUUUGCAUGCUGAGGCAGGAGAUAGAAACAUAGAUCACGACCGUCAUGACAACAUCGCGAAGGAUGGGAAGGAAUUUCACAGUAUGCCCAAGGAAAUUGGGAUGCGAUGCCGAGCAGACACUUCCAUGGAGACACGACACAGGAGGAUCGACACCGGACCAAUUCUGAGCGAGGAUGUUUUCAGAUCCGAUCCCAAGGGGAUGAAAAACGAAGUCCAACAAACCAGUCAAUCCUCUGAGCAGGGCACGAAGACUGGAAAGCAGCCAAGAAAAAUCCAGGGGCCAGAGAAAGAAGGAAUCAAAGAGGAGGAAAAAGGAAGCACAAAAGGCCCAGAAAUCGGAAGAGAAAAGCGCCCUGCAACCUCCGGCAACAGGCAGUGGCCAUGGCCAGUCUAA